AUAAUUCCAAAAUCAAAACCCCACAAACACUUUUCACACACAACAAAAACUGCAGCAACCACAACUCCUGCAACAAUCCAUGCAACAACAACAACGGAAAAGGAUCGAUUAGUGUUCGGUUUCCCACGCGUUUACUUUCCCUCGCUGAGCUUCCUUUGGGCGCGUGCCAUGAGGUGAGGACUGAGGAGGAGGAGGAGCAUGGGCACGUCGCUGUCGAGCCUCGGCGCGAGCGGUUCGACAAUCGGUCCGGGCCUCGGCGACAUUCCGGAGAGCUGCGUGGCGUGCGUGUUCCUCUACCUCACGCCGCCGGAGAUUUGUAACCUCGCUCGCCUCAAUCGCGCGUUUCGCGGCGCUGCAUCCUCAGACUCAGUCUGGGAGGCCAAGUUGCCACGCAACUACCAGGAUCUGCUGGAUCUGGUCCCGCCGGAGCGCCACCGGAAUCUCUCGAAGAAGGAUAUUUUCGCUCUACUCGCACGACCCCUGCCCUUCGACGAUGGCCACAAGGUGGGUGGUGCUCUCCAGGAAGUGUGGCUGGACAGGGUCACGGGAAGGGUUUGCAUGUCGAUUUCGGCGAGGGCGAUGGCGAUUACUGGAAUUGAUGACCGGAGAUACUGGAAUUGGAUUCCUACUGAAGAAUCUAGGUUUCACACUGUGGCGUAUUUGCAGCAAAUAUGGUGGUUUGAAGUGGAUGGGGAGGUAACGUUUCCAUUUCCCGCUGAUAUUUAUACUCUCUCCUUUAGGCUUCACCUUGGACGGUUUACCAAAAGGCUUGGACGGCGUGUCUGUAAUUAUGAACACACCCAUGGUUGGGAUAUAAAACCUGUGAAAUUUGAAUUGUCUACUUCAGAUGGCCAGCAAGCAUCAUGUCAAUACUGUUUGGAUGAAUGUGAGAUUGAUGAUACAUAUGGAAAUCAUAAGCGUGGAUACUGGAUAGAUUAUAAGGUGGGUGAGUUUAUUGUCAGUGGAUCAGAGCCUACAACUCAAGUUAGAUUUUCCAUGAAACAGAUUGAUUGUACUCAUUCCAAAGGUGGCCUUUGUGUAGAUUCUGUAUUUAUUAUACCAAGUGAUUUGAGAGAGCGCAAGAGAAAAUGCAUUUUGAAAUAACCAUAUGCAGAACAGGAAGCUUGUUUCUUUUAGUGAUGUCAAGUCAAACACCCUGAAUACACUGUUGGGAUCUACCACAGCUUAUACAUAACCAAAAAAAAAGUUUACAAUUUGGAGAAUGUCAUUUUUCUGGUUUUCUAAUAUCCUUUUUGGCUUGUGAGUGUGUAUAUCCUCUGUAGCUGUGUAAUAAUAAUUUCUAUUCAAUGUAUUUUAGUUGUUUACA